AUGGAGAAGGGGAGCCCUAACCAGGCCGCCGCCGGCCUCCCCGACGACCUGAUCGUCGAGAUCCUCGCGCGGCUGCCGGCCGGGCCGCUCUGCCGGUGCAAGUGCGUCUCCCAGUCCUGGCGCGCCCUCAUCUCCGACCCCGCCCACCGCGCCAGGUUCGCCCACACCCUCUCCGGCUUCUUCGUCUUCUCCCGCCCGCACUCCGCCUCCGCGCCCUCGUCCUGGAGCUUCAUCGCCAUCCAGCAGUCUCCUCCCUUGGUCGACACGGCUCUCUCCUUCCUUCCACCCAGCCAUGGCGAGAUCGACAUCCUCGACUCCCGCAACGGGCUCCUGCUCCUGCGCUGCCCGGGAGAAGGCGAUCGGCAUCCUUGCUACGUCGUCUGCAACCCUGCCACCGCGGAGUGGGUAGCCUUGCCCCAACCAAGCCAGACCCCUGGCCAGCAGUGUGAUCGAGACGGGCGUGGCCUCAAGACCACCUCUGCCGCGUUGGGCUUCAAUCCGGCUGUCUCCUCGUGCUUCUAUGUCUUUCAGCUGAUGGAGGAGAAGUGGGUGUACAACAAUGUCAAUGUCAUCAGGGCGGUGGAGAUUUACUCGUCUGAAACUGGUGCAUGGAUUUCGAGGUUAAGUGGAUGGAAGGACCGAUUAGUGUUCUUCGCCGGCAACAAGACAUACUUCAAAGGUUUUCUGUAUUCAACCUCCUUCUUUGAGGAUUUUUCGAAUGGCAUCAAUGAUGCCUUCACAAGGAUCUGGUGUGCUGAACUGAAUCUUGAUAUUCCAGUCUGUGGAUGA